AUGGAGAAAUCGCCAGACUAUCACAUAUCUUCUGGCUCAGAGUCGCCAGAGUACGCUCCCGUCGACUUGAACGAUGUAAACAAGAUCGAGGCUCGACGAGGCUCUAAGGUCAACGAGGCAGCCGAUGUUUUUGGCGACAUCGCCACCGCCGAGCAAUAUGGUUACGUCUCUCGAGGUCUCAAAUCCCGCCAUAUCCAGUUCAUCGCCCUCGGGGGUAGCAUCGGGACUGGUCUCUUCUUGGGCAUCGGCCGAGCCUUCCUCCAAGCCGGUCCUCUGUCCGUCCUGCUCGGCUACACCUUCACCGGUCUGGCCGUCUACGGCAUGAUGAUGUGUCUCGGGGAGAUGGCGACAUGGCUGCCCCUUCCCGGUGCCAUCCCACAGUUUUGCGCUCGUUAUGUGGAUGAUGCGAUGGGGUUUGCCGUCGGCUGGAACAACUGGUACUCGUGUGCCAUCACACUCUGUGUCGAAGUCUCAGCCGCAGCUUCCGUCAUCCAGUUCUGGCACGGUGCGCAAGAUAUCAACGUGGCAGCAUGGAUUUCCAUCGUCAUUGUGCUCGUCCUAGGGCUGAAUAUCUUCGCCGUCGCCAUCUACGGUGAAGCUGAAUUCAUCUUCGCGUCCAUCAAGAUGGUCACCAUUGUCGGCCUCCUCAUUCUCGCCCUCAUCAUCGACGUCGGUGGUGUUCCAGGACAGCACCGUCUCGGUUUCCAGUACUGGAACAACCCUGGUGCCAUGAAGGCAUAUAUCGCCGGUGGUGACACUGGCCGGUUCCUUGGUCUCUGGUCGACCCUCGUCAACGCCGCUUUCUCAUAUGGCGGUGUCGAAAUGGUGGCUGUCGCAGCUGGUGAAGCCGAAGACCCACGCCGGAACAUCCCCAAGGCCGUCCGCCGUGUGUUCUGGCGUAUCCUCUUCUUUUAUGUUUUGGGCUCAUUGGCCAUCGGUGUUCUCGUUCCUUACAACGACGAGCACUUGAUCAGUGCCCAAGCGAACGAUGCGCCCGGUGCCGCUCAAUCUCCCUGGGUCAUUGCUAUCAGCCGUGCCGGUAUUGAUGCUCUUCCUUCCAUCAUCAACGCUGUCAUCUUGACCUCGGCCUCCUCCUCUGCCAACGCUUUCCUGUACACUGGUUCUCGCUACCUAUACGCCAUUGCGCAGAACCGACAAGCACCUCGAUUCCUGCUCAAGUGCUCGAAGACCGGCGUGCCCAUCUGGUGCGUGUUGAUAACCUGGUCAAUCUCGCUCCUGACAUAUAUGUCCUGCUCAUCUGGCUCGAACACGGUCUUCACGUGGUUUCAGAACUUGACCACAAUUUCCACCCUGUUCACCUGGGUUAGCAUCACCAUCGCUUAUAUCCGCUUCUAUCACGCGUGCAAGGCUCAAGGCAUCGACCGCAACACUCUGCCCUUCAAGUCGCCCUUCCAGCCGUACCUCGGUUAUGCAGCGACCAUCUUCUUUGGCCUGAUCAUCUUCCUCAACGGAUUUGAUUCCAUUGCUGGAGGCUUCGAUUACCAGGCCUUCAUCACGGAUUAUAUUGGAAUACCCAUCUACUUUGGCUUGUACCUGUUCUGGAGAAUUCUCAAGCGCACACAUUUCCGCAAAUCCAGCGAGGCCGAUCUGUACACUGGAAAGGCUGCCCUGGAUGCCAUUGUUUGGCCCGAGCGCAAACCAAGGAACCUGGUUGAGAGGAUCUGGUUCUGGAUAGCAUAA